GAAUUUACAAACAUAACGUUCCUUAUCUUCGUCGCAAUUUGAAUCCGGCACCGAGGCGCCUAUAUAUACCCCUAAAUCCCGCGAAGCAAACCCCAUGACUGCGAACUCCCCAGCUCUUGACUCUCCCAACUGUCCAUUUUCCUCUGCAAAACCCUCUCAUCUCUCUCUUCUCUAGCCCAUCUUCGGAGCCCAUAGAUACGCAAUCUCCAUCUUCAGUUCUUCGAAGCGUUCAAUAUCACUCGUUUCAAUCACAGUUAUAUAGAAAUGGAUGUCAAGGUGCCAAGAAAAGCAAUUGACAGAAGAGUGUUUAAUCGCUUCGGAGGACAUGCAAGCAAUACCGUCUGUUCCUUCUGGCUAGCAGGGAGAUGCUACAGAAACCCAUGUAGGUUCCUUCACCCAGGAGCACCCCCACAAACCCCGGCUAACGUCUGGCGAAGGGCGGUGAAGCCUUCUGAGCAGUCCCAUGCGUUACCUGAUAAGGAGUCCCAUGGCUCUGGUUCUCAAUCACUGCAGAAGAAGUCUAAUAUCACCCCUGAGAAUUCUCCUGAGAAUUCUUCAGUUUUGUCCAACAGAAGUAUUGUGAUGGAAGAAGAAAAAGCCCCACAAAAAACCCAGCAAGCGAUUUGUCAGUGUUGGGUAUUAGGAAAUUGUGUGCAUGGAGACAAAUGCAAGAACCUACAUUCUUGGUUUGCUGGCGAGGGGUUUACGAUGCUGGCCAAGCUCGAAGGGCACAAGAAGGCUGUUACUGGGAUUGCGCUCCCUUCGGGCUCAGAUGAGCUUUAUUCGGGCAGCAAAGAUGGGACUGUGAGGGUGUGGGACUGCCAUACUGGUCAGUGUGCCAGCAUCAUUGAUCUUGGUGGUGAAAUUGGAUCUCUAAUUAGUGAAGGGCCAUGGUUGUUCAUAGGAUUGCCAAAUGCUGUCAAGGCGUGGAACAUCAUCACCAACGCUGACCAUUCCCUCCAUGCAUCAGUUGGGCAAGUGAAUGCCAUGGUUGUGGGUAAUGAAAUGCUUCUUGCAGGGGCAGAGGAUGGUACCAUAUUGGCAUGGAAAUCUGGUUUGGAAGCCAAUUCCUUUGACCUUGCUGCAUCAUUGAAAGGCCACAGUCGUGCUGUGGUUUCUCUAGUUGUUGGAGACAAAAGGCUCUACUCGGGUUCGAUAGACCAUACAAUAAGAGUGUGGGAUCUUGAAGAUUUACAGUGCAUUAAAACUCUGACCGGACAUACUUCAGUUGUGACGUCUCUUCUUUGUUGGGAUCAUUAUUUACUAUCGUGUUCCAUGGACCAGACAAUAAAGGUGUGGGUUGCCACCGAAGGAGGCGACUUGGAAGUAACCUAUACACACUGCGAAGAACAUGGUGUGCUUACACUGUCUGGAAUGCACGAUGCUGAUGGUAAACCAAUUUUGAUGUCAUCUUGUGAUGACAAUUCUGUGCAGUUGUAUGAGCUGCCACUAUUUGCUGGAAGAGGCAAGUUGUUUGCAAAACAAGCGGUUCGAGCGAUCGGAAUAGGCUCCGGUGGUCUUUUUUUCACGGGGGAUGGAACGGGUCAAGUGACUGUGUGGAAUUGGCUCACAAAGCCGACUUCAGGGCCUCAGUAGUGAACAGCAGCAAUAUUUUUGUUGGUUCUUUGUCCAUGUUGUACAAUCGGCAAGAGUUCAAGUAUGAGUGCUUGCAGAAAAAUUGGGGCGACAUUUUAGAAAGCCAAUUAUGUAUAGAAAAAUUGCAGAAAAAUAGGGGAACACUUUUUGUAUGUAAAUUUGCACUGUAAAAGAUCAAUAUUGUGUUUGAAAUAAAAUCGUUCAGUGAUGAAAUUGACA